UAAUCUGCCUAUAUAUGGUGUGUGAAUUACGGAAUGUAAUUAAGUCUUUCAAUCAUAUAAUCAUUCUUCUAUAUGGUAUCAGAGCUGCUUAGCUCCUAAGAGUCUCAAUUUUGAUCCAAUUUUACUCCCCUCACUCAAAUCUCAAUCGCCAUGUCAAGUGUUACGGAGGUCACAACACACACACACUUUCCAAUUAAGCUCACAGCCAACAAUUUUCCCGUCUAGAGGAAGCAGAUCGUCGCAACCCUAACUGGGUUAGGUCUUGAAGGUUACCUUGAUGGCUCGACAGCAGCCCCAGCCAAAAACCUAACAACAGACAACACAUCAAAAACAAAUCCGCAAUAUACCCUCUGGUAUCGACAGGAUCAAAUCAUUCUUGGAGCCCUAUUGGGGAGCUGCGCAGAAACCAUCCAACCAAUUGUCUCUUCGGCUGAAACGGCACAAGAAGCAUUCAAAUGUCUCACAGAUAGCUAUGCAAGCGUCUCCCGCUCUCACAUUAUUUCUCUAAAAUCUCGAAUGGCAAACAAUCCAAGAGGUACCCGAUCUAUCACUGAGUUUCUACAUGAUAUGAAGAAUAUUGCAGAUGACCUUGCUCUAGCUCAGAAUCCGGUUGAUGAGGAAGACUUAAUAGUUCACAUAUUAGGACAUCUAGGUGACGAUUACACACACAUAGCCUCAGCUCUAAAGAUUCGUGAAACUCCUAUCAAAUACCCAGAUCUCUUUGACAAAUUGCUUGAUCACAAAAGGACUCUGAAAGACACACAUACGUCCUCUGUUAUCACAACAGUCAACAAUACCCAAAAAUCCAACAAUCGAUAUUCAUCAAAAUCCUUCUAUGACAACCGCAAUCAACCUAAAUUCAACAACAACAACUCAGGCAACAAUUUUCGAUCCAACUCAGGCCCCAAUCGUUCGUCUGGUCAGUACAACGGAGGUAACAACUUCAACAGAGGUAAUAGAAACAAUAGCUACUGCCAAUUUUGCAAUAUCCCUGGACACGAUACUAAAGAAUGCAGGAAGCUUGCUCGGUUUCUUAGAGAAAACAACAUCAGUAUUAACACCUCUACCAAUCCCACAGUCAACUCUACAACAGCUUCCUCCACAACCACAGCAGCUCCAUGGAUGUUUGAUAGCGGGGCAUCUCAUCAUGUGGCAUCCAGCCUCAUUCCACACCCUGUCAGAGUAUAGCGGACCAGACGAAAUCGUGUUAGGAAACGGACCUACGCACGGGCAUAAUUCUCAUAAUGAACCCGAAACUCCUCUGCCCAAACCGAAUGAGUUUUGCAUCUAUCUGAACCCAACAAAUGAUAACACCACCAGCUCAUCCAUCCCUCCCUGCUGCCCUAGGCCAUCUCCUACACAACAAAUACCCAUCCAAAUUCCAUCUAUACCCUCCACACCAACUACACCAUCACCUAGUACACCAACAACCCAAAACAACCAAUCUGAUCCAGCCUCACCUCAAACAGCACCACAACAGCCACCCUUAUCCUCACCUGCUCAGUCAUCCCCUUCCCCGGUUCAAUCCCCUAACCCUUCUCCUCCUCCAUCACCACCACCACCUCACCGACCUCGCAAACCUAACCCAAAUGAUAUAUAUCAAGAAUUGCAUGUAUGUGAAUUGAGACUCUUUUCAAAGCCCAAUUUGACGUUACUUGUAACCAAGAAGUUUCAAAAGUUUGGCUUGUAUAAGCAUGAGUUUGCAAGUUAUGAUCAAAAGCUUUAUGUGGUGCAUCCAGUUGAUCCGCAAUGGAUUCAUGAAAUAUCUUUUGAGGAACUGAAAUGGGAGUCACUUGAAAAGACAAGAGAAGAAUAUACAUUUUUCCAUAACAACUACUUCAAGCAUGAUGCGGCUGUUAUACCAUAUCCUCGUUCAGAAUACGGGCAAUAUGGGAGAUUUGAUGUCGACACUAACAAAGGUGAAAAGGGCAGAUUCAUGUAUUCAAACAUGUGGUACUUUCUCCAUGACUGUUUGGAUGUUAAUCACCUAGAUGAGUAG